AUGUCGAGACUAGCGCAUAAUAAAGCGCUACCUUAUAAAAUAAUUGUCGAUUUAUCAUUCCAUAGAACGCGUUUACCCUCAGAUGUUUCAUCGCUAAUAAAAUUCGAGCAAAGACCUGCAAUUAUUAACAUCCAUGGCCUUUUGGGCUCACACGUGAUGUUUCAUUCUCUCAAUAAGCUUCUUUCAAGGAAGCUUGACGCGGAUAUUUUUUCUGUUGAUGUAAGAAAUCAUGGCAUUUCACCAAAAGCAAUACCUUAUGACUACACUACACUGACCAAUGAUUUGAUUUAUUUUAUUGAAACUCAUAUUGGCUUGGAGAGACCUAUUUAUUUACUGGGAUUCUCUAUGGGUGGUAAAAUUGCAUUAUUAACCACAUUGUACAAGAAUAUUAAUAUACGAAAGUGUAUAUCAAUUGAUUUACCGCCUUAUGAAACCCCAGAAUUAGAUCCCAUGAUAUUACAAAACUAUGACUUAAUAAUGCGGAUUAUCCGCAGAGAUGUCAAGAUUUUAAGAGGUUCCCCCAGCUGGCAGAAAAAAGUUCUUGAGCUUUUCAAAAGUUUGGAAUGUAAUAAGAGGAAAUGUGGUGGAGCUGUGGCACUCUACUUUGCCAACGGUUUUCUUUCUGUAAAAUCCAAUAAUGUACACCAAGCACAGUUACACUAUGAACAACAACAGCAUGAUCCUUAUAUAAAUUACUCAAUGCCUCUCUCCAGCAUGCCGAACCUGUUGGAUGAAGUGAAAAAAUGGCCGGAUCUAUCGAACCAAAGGGACUUCUUCCAAAAAGGCACAGCCAGUCGUAAAGUUUUAUUCAUGAAAGGCCUGCAGUCUAACUUUAUUAACAAUGAUUAUUCCCUCCUGAGGUAUAACUUUCCCUGUGCUGAUGUCCGAGAAUUUAAUACUGGGCAUAAUUUACUGUUGGAGAAUCCAGAGGACUCAUUCAAAUGUAUUCUGAACUUUUUUGCGGAGGAGACGCUGGAUUUUGAAUAA